UGCUCCUAGCUGGGACUCGCCUCUGCACGCUCGCGACUGGCUGCCGCCUGUCCACUUACCCACCCCUGCCAUGGCGAAGGAAGCGUCAGCUCCGCCGUCCCCCCUGAAAGGCGGGCGCCCUCCGGCAGUCAAAUCUGGAGGUAGGAGAGUUUCCAAAAAGCAAGAAAAUGGAGCUGUUGAGAAAAAUUCCAAGAACCCUGGAAAAGAGAAGACAAGCUCAAUUGUUAGUGUUACAAAAAUGCAAAAUAUGGGUGUCUUACUAGCUGAUGCACUGGAGAAAAUCAGCCACAAAUUUCCUGCAGCAGCAGCACAGAUGGCUCAUCAAAAGCCACGACCAGCCCUGGAGAAGAGUAUAUGGCCCAAAAGAAUUUACAUUAUCCAACAACCUCGGAAAUGUUAAGAUAUAAAGCAAAUAAUCAUGUCUGCUUGACAGUGAGCUAGUCUAACCACAAUCUGCUAUUAAAUGCUAUUUGCAAAAGGACAAAAACAUAGGGAAAUAGUUUGCUGGCUGAACUGUAUUGUAUUUUUCUUUCAUUUCUGGCAAUAAAACACUUCAUAAGUAUACUAA